CAUCACAAGACCAGAAAAAAGAGGAAGAAAAGAAUCCAGCUUAAUUAAGCAGCUGCGAUACGAUACAAUACAAUGGCACGGGCAGGAAGCGUCUGCGUCGCCGUCGUCGUUGCGCUGGCGCUGGCCGUCUGCUGCACCGAGGUCCUCGUCGCCGGCGCGACGGAGUGGACCGUCGGCGACGGCAACGGGUGGUCCUUCGGCGUCGCCGGCUGGGAGAACGGCAAGGCCUUCUCGGCCGGCGAUGUGCUCGUUUUCCACUACGACCCGGCGAUGCACAACGUGGUGCAGGUGGACCAAGCCGGGUACGACGGCUGCACCGCCGCCGCCGGCGACACGACCUACGCCUCCGGCAACGACAAGAUCACCCUCGCCGCCGGCAAGGCCUUCUUCAUCUGCAGCUUCCCGGGGCACUGUCAGAACGGCAUGAAAAUCGCCGUGGCAGCCCAGUAGAUGUGCUGAUCCGUCGGGGGGACUGACCAGACCAUAUGGCAGGAAAAAGAUGUGCUCUCGUUUUUGUUCUUGUUUUUUUUUGGGAUGAAAUUUAUCUGUUUCUACACAGAAUUACCUGUAUCCACGCAGGAAUUCUAACCCUCCGAAUAACAUAAUCUGCAGUCCAGAAAUGUUUCAGUGUCCAGAAAUGAAAAUCGCCAUGGCAACCGCGUUGAU